AUGGCUGUGUCAGAGGAGCAGCAGGUGGCAGUUAAGGUUCAGAGAGCUGGCCUACCAGGAAACAAAACCCUGAUGGGUGAAUCUCGGAUAGCCUCGGGGACUGUGUACACUGCCCCUCACCCUGCUGGCCCUCUGCACACAGCUCAGGGUUCGCUGGAUCUGGUGGCCUCACGGACUGCGCAGUCUGUACUGGCAUCCCAACAGCUCUUCCUUUGCAGGAAGAACCUCAUAAAUAGUCUUGAUUCCUCAGACAUGGAUGCCGACUCUCCUCCAGCUCCUCAAAAGAAGACCAUGAGACAUGAAAGUUUUCACAGAUUCUCCAAGUUGCUUCUCACCUCAAUCAUAAUACUUUUACUGCUAUUGAAAAUGUUAUUCUCAAUUGCUCUGAUCACUUUGUUUAAAAAACAUUCUCCACUUCUUGAUGAAAAAGCAAUUACAAGAGAUCUGAAUUACACUGACUUGGAGUGUACAAAACAGCAUUCACUCUCGAAAGACAAAGUCUGGAGCUGUUGCCCAAAGGACUGGAAGCCAUUUAGUUCCCACUGCUACUUCACUUCGAAUGACACGGCAUCUUGGGAAGAGAGUGAGGAGAAGUGCUCCAGCAUGGGUGCUCAUCUGAUGGUGAUCCACAGCCAGGAAGAGCAGGAUUUCAUCACCAAGAUCCUGGAUCCUAAAGCUGCUUAUUAUAUUGGGCUUUCGGAUCCUGGUCACCGACAGUGGCGAUGGGUUGAUCAGACACCAUACAAUGAAAGUGCCACGUUCUGGCACCCGGGUGAGCCCAACAACGACAAGAACAACGAAGAAUGUGUUGUAAUACGUCAUCUAUCUUCCAAAUGGGACUGGAAUGACAUCCCUUGCAAUUGUAUGAGGAAGUCAGUUUGUCAGAUGAAGAAAAUAUAUUUAUGA